AUGACGAACGAUUGCUCGUCCAACGGUUCUCCGUACUCGCCCGUUCUCGAGACGACUCGUAUUUUUUCCAGCCUCUGUGACCAAUCUGAGAGGCUGGGUUUACCGGAAGAUGUAAUUGCCAACAAAGACAGAGUCUCAUUUUCAUCCAGUCAUAAUGAAAUCUACUUCCCCAUUCCCUUCAAGGAAACCGAGACACUUGCUGCACUGAAAGGUGUUGAGGGUUCCGUGGCUGCGGCCCUGGCCGAUCUGCGCUUUGGAAAGGCCGAACAGCCGCGUAGUGUCCAGGUCAGCCUGGAAGCAGCGACAGCCUUUGGCUGCCAGGCAUACAUGGCUAAGAUCGAUGGAUUGUCGAAGCUUGACCCCAAUGUCAAAUCCAAGUUGAAAGAUACGGAUUUACUUGCUGCACAGUCAAACGGAUACCGUCGCAUGUCGGCGAAUCUGUAUAAAACCAAGAAUCCGCUUGAGUUCUACCAUAUCCAUGGCUCACUUGAGGCCACCACCACAUUGAACAUGAUCGGCCUCGAGGGCCACCGCCCUGACUUGACAGAUUACGAGGAAAUCAUUAAGGUAAUCGAGGGACAAGUCCAGAAGUACACAGUUUCUGAACUAGAAGCAAUGAAUAAGGAGCGACGUCAGGCCGGUGUUCCGGCGCUCAAGUACGAGGAUUUCAUCAAAACCCCUCAUGGAGCUCUGAAUGUCCAAGAACCACCUUGGAAAGUAGUCAAGCUUGAAGGCGAUGUUGCCCCAACUCCGUUCCCGACUCCUCGACCCGGCAGCAAGAAGAUUCUUGAAGGCGUCAAAGUCCUUGAGAUGUGCCGCAUCAUCGCUGGCCCAACAGUCACCCGAAUCCUUGCUGAGUACGGUGCCGAUGUGCUCAAGAUCACAAGCCCCAACUUGUCAGAUGUACCAUUCUUCCAGGUUGACGGCAACAUGGGCAAACGUGCCGCGGAUUUGGAUUUAAAGACCGAUGCCGGCCGCCAGGAGUUCGAGAAGCUAUUGGCUGAUGUGGAUGUGAUCGUGGACGGUUACCGACCGGGCGCGCUGGAGAAGCUAGGCUACGGACCGAAGGCCAUGGCUACUCUGGCCGAGAAGCGUGGAAAGGGAAUCGUCUACGUGAACGAGAACUGUUUCGGGUACGAAGGUGAAUGGGCCGGACGGGCUGGAUGGCAACAGAUUGCCGACUGUGUAACGGGUAUCGCAUGGGCGCAAGGAAAAUUCAUGGGCCUUGACACACCUGCUGUCCCACCCUUCCCCAUCUCCGACUACGGAACCGGAUGCAUGGGUGCCAUUGCUGCGUUGACGGGUCUUUACCAUCGUGCUAAGACUGGUGGCUCUUACCACGGCCAGGCGUCCCUUAUGCAUUACGAUCUCCUGCUUUUUGCAAUGGGACAGUACUCUGAUGAUGUACAGGGAAAACUUCGUGCUGCUCAACCGGAGGAUUUCUUCAAGCUUCGUCAUUGCGAUAGUGUGGAUCGGAUCUCCGCCACUGUGCUCAAGGGAAUGCAGAAGCGCUUCCCUCACUUAUACAUUAACCCCGGCGUUGAGUCUGAAGGUCGCCAAUCUUUGUUGGAGAGCUGGUAUUCCGAGGCUUACGGUACUGAUAUUGAGGUUGUCAAGCCCAUCGUCGCUGUGCAAGAACUGGAUAAUCAGUUUGUGCGGGCUAGUCGGCCGAAUGGUUUCGAUAGAGCCACUUGGGAGGAUUUCCAGGUUGAGGGGCAGGGUGAUUUUAAGAAGUGUUGA